CCACUUAAGAGACCUUCACUUAGUCACAACGCUGCAUAUUUACAAAUAUAAGGCUUAUUCGCUUUAUCUUAUCAAUGAAUUUAAUCGAUAAAGGAGUAACACUAUGCUAAAUGAAGAAUGACUACAAUUCUCGUUUUGUUAAUUAUUAAUUAUUUUGACAAAGAAAGCCUCCUAGAUUCACUGGCGUUAUAAAAUAGUGUCGUUUCAUUAGUGAAUAAAGGUAACACAGGUGUUCCUUAUAGUGUAGUACCCAUUUCCGACCUUAGUUAUGCUUAACUUUUUUGGAAACAAACGGAAGAACCUACUUUUUUGUUGUCUAGUGUUAUCAAUGCUUUGCCGCAGAUAAGAUAAUAACUGGAAAAGAUUAGGAUUUUAAUAUGGUAGAAGUAUGUGCACUUGUUGUUUAGUCAUUUACAAUAAUUUGGUCGGUGAACAAGCUUAAAAAAUUGUGUUAUUUGUUUGAGAAGUUUCGUUAAAAUAAUACAUUAUGAAUUUGGUAAAUUCAACCAUAUUGGUUGUUACGAUUUUCUGUAUCUUUAUAACUAAGGUUGCUGGUGAAUCGGAAACAACUGCGGCGCCAGCAGUAACUAAGGAAAAAACAAAGGUGAAGGAGAGCGUGCUUUGUAAGAAAUGCAUCUGCAAUUUUGACACCAGUUUACUGGAUUGCAGCGAGAAGCUGGGACAGUGGCUGUCGGCCGAGGAGUGGGAGAUCUUAAUCAACGGCGACCUUACGUUUAAAACCAUCAAGUUGGAGCACAAUAACUUGACCAGCAUUUCGAUUCUGCCGAAAUACAGCGUGGAGAAUUUGUAUUUGGCGUACAAUCAAAUCACUGACAUUGCCGAUGGAGCCUUUCAGAAUCUAACCGAGAUGACCACCCUCGAUUUGUCGCACAACAAGCUUACAGCCAAGGCUCUGAGGCCGGAUGUUUUCAAAGGACCGUACACGGUCCACAAUUUCAAAGCUUUGGAGAAAAUGAAAGCCCUUAAUUUGGGUAACAAUGAAAUCCAUUCCCUAGAUGCUGACCUCUUUGAGCACAUUCCAAACCUGGAGGAGCUGAUUCUGUGCUCAAAUACCUUUCAAGUAAUUGACAAACUGACAGAAACGGCCAUUUCUGGAUUGAAUUCAUUGAAGACUCUGGAUAUUUCAUAUUUGGAAAUAGAAGACCUGCCGGAAACAGUUCUCCAUGGACCUAGAGAUCUUGACGAUUUGAUAGCGUCGGGCAAUCUGUUUCGUCAACUACCAAAGGCUCUAAAGUAUGCCAAAAACCUAGAGCGCCUUGUUUUAGAUGAAAAUCCAAUUGAAAGUUUGGAGGGCAAUAAUGUAUUUCCACCGAUGGCUAACUUGAGGUAUUUGCGCAUGUCCUAUAUGCCGAAUUUGUUUAAAAUUGGAAAUGGAGCACUUAGUGAAUUGCAAAACCUCACCGAAUUGGUUCUGUCCGACAACAAAGUGCUUAACGAAAUCGAUGAGCGUGCCCUAUCUAAAAACGUAACUGGAGGAAGAUACUUGGACUAUCCGCCAUUGGAACACGUUUAUCUGAAUAAUUGCAACCUGACGACACUGCCCACAGCUCUAAUCGUUAGAUGGGAUAAACUGACCCUUGACCUUCGAUUUAAUCCUUGGAGCUGUGAUAGCAGCAACGAUUACUUGAUCAACGUCCUGAUACAGCAGAUUAACAAAACAAAUCCUUUGCUAGCCAAAGAUGUUCAGUGCGCCACACCAAUUGAGCUAAAGGACGUCACUGUCCUGAGGGUUUCCAAUGAGCACCUUGCGGCAGGCUCGAGCGGUAGUCUUAUCUGGGUGGGACUCCUCGUGGUCCUGCUUAUUGCUAUUCCAACCAUCCUAGGCGCCUAUGUGAUGAAACGACGCGGCUGCUUUGGAUUGUUUAAUCGCAACGAGAACGGCGCUAGCCGUGCUCUCUACAAUAGAACCAGUAUCAAUGAAGAUUUCCAUAUUUAA